AUGUUAAAACAAUUAUAUAUCAUAAAUAUUAUAAAAACAAAACAAAACCGUGUUCAAAUAUAUGAUCAAAUACUUAAAAUACUACCUUCACAAUCGAAAUACAAUAUUUUCGAUAAAACAGAUGAUAAUUGUGAAGAUAUAGAUUUUUACAAUAGGGCAAAAGAUCUCAUAGAUAAGAAUACUAUGAAUAAUGAUAUUUCUGGCAAAUUAGUUAAAUCCUUAUGUUAUGUAUAUAAAAAAAAUGAGAAUAACGAAUUGGAUAGAGAUGAUUGUAAUUAUUUGUACUUUUGGUUAGGUGAUUUAUUAUAUAAGAAUUCAAAAAAUAAAGAAUCAAUUUACUCUGAUAUAUCUAUACUUAUGUUUUUACUACAAAGUAAAGGGAGCAUGACCAUAUGUAAUAAUAAAAAUUAUUAUAUCACUGAAGAUAAUUUUGAUGAAAUGAAGAUAUUAUUUGAUUUUUCAAAAGAUUAUGAUUUUCUUAAAAGUUAUAUUCAUAAAAAUAGUAGGUCUUGUGAUGAAUCUUUUAAUAUAUAUUUUGAUGAACGUGUCAAAAAAUAUCAAUCAUUCAAAAACAUGUGUUAUGGCAGAAAGACACGUGACGUGGCUUGUGAUAUUUUUAAUCAAUUUUUUAAAAAUAUGAAUAUUGAAAACUCAACUAAUUUGAGGUGCACAUCAGUAAGAGUUCGUAUUGAUUCUGUGGAGCAACAAAGAGAAAGUCGUAGAAUGACAGAAUCAUAUGAAAAAGAAGAGCAACAAAGUAUAGAAGCCCAGUUACAGGAAAAUACUACGGUACAUGAGGUAGAGGGAGAGAGAGUUGUACAAUUAGGAACUUUAAGAAUAACGCCAUAUCAACAAUCAGACCAAAUCAAACGUAAGACAUCAAUUGAAGGGCAGUCAAAUAUGUAUACACAAGCAGAAAUGUCUUCUUUAACCAAUAGAGAUCUAAUAUUAAGUGUCACUUCUGGUAUUUCAAGUAAUCCCUUAGCCAUUUCAUCCUCACAAAGUAUUUUCAUUGCUCCUCUAUUUAUUGGAAUUACUGUUUUUUCUAUUAUAGUGUACAAAUUUACUCCUGUUGGGUAUUGGUUAAAAAAAGCCUUACUAAGUAAAUCAAAAAGGAAAAGUAAUAUUAUAAUGGAUAGAAAUAAAAUAGAAGGUUAUUCGAUCCUUGAAAAUUUAGAUUCAUCGAGAAGACUUAAUGUAAGAUACAGCAAUAUAUAUUAG